AUGAGGCCAAUUACAUUUCUCGUUGCGAUCACUACUAUUGCUCUCAUGUUGUCUACUACUGGAGCGAGCUUUGAUAGAUGGGAGCCGAUAAAGAACUUGAAGGAUGAGCACAUAAAAGAGAUUGCAGAGUUUGCAGUGCAGCAUAGCAAUUUGAUAUCUAUCCCUAUCCGGUCGCUACAACUCCUAAAAGUGCAGGAAGGAAAAAUCCAACAGGUGGCUGGAAAGAACUACUUGCUCAUCGUGGCGGCGGUUACACCAGAAGAGGGACACAUGUUUGGAGCCCUCCUCGUCGGGGUUUUUAACCCUCAGUUUGGAGUCUUCGAUGCUCUUAUUGAAGUCUUAUUUGUGUGCUUCGUUGAGACUUAUUUGUGGCUCCUCGUCGGGGUUUUUAACCCUCAGUUUGGAGCCCUCCUCGUCGGGGUUUUUAACCCUCAGUUUGGAGUCUUCGAUGCUCUUAUUGAAGUCUUAUUUGUGUGCUUCGUUGAGACUUAUUUGUGGCUCCUCGUCGGGGUUUUUAACCCUCAGUUUGGAGCCCUCCUCGUCGGGGUUUUUAACCCUCAGUUUGGAGUCUUCGAUGCUCUUAUUGAAGUCUUAUUUGUGUGCUUCGUUGAGACUUAUUUGUGGCUCCUCGUCGGGGUUUUUAACCCUCAGUUUGGAGCCCUCCUCGUCGGGGUUUUUAACCCUCAGUUUGGAGUCUUCGAUGCUCUUAUUGAAGUCUUAUUUGUGUGCUUCGUUGAGACUUAUUUUUGGCUCCUCGUCGGGGUUUUUAACCCUCAGUUUGGAGCCCUCCUCGUCGGGGUUUUUAACCCUCAGUUUGGAGUCUUCGAUGCUCUUAUUGAAGUCUUAUUUGUGUGCUUCGUUGAGACUUAUUUGUGGCUCCUCGUCGGGAGUGCUGAUCAGUUGAAUGCCCGCGCGAGUUCGGCCGCGAGUUGGGCUUGCGCGCGUCACGGGCUGGUGACGCGGGCCGGCCGCGAGUUGGGCUUGCGCGCGUCGCGGGCUGGGGGAAGACGCUGCGAUGCUUGUGUCGCGAGUUGGGCCUGCGCGCGUCGCGGGCUGGGGGAAGAUGCUGCGAUGCUUGUGUCGCGAGUUGGGCCUGCGCGCGUCGCGGGCUGGGGGAAGAUGCUGCCGUGA